AAAAUGAUGUCUCCAAAAGACAAGCCCAAGAAGAAACCACCCAAAGACAGUAUGACAUUACUGCCUUGUUUCUACUUUGUAGAACUACCAAUCGUGGCCUCCUCCAUGAUCUCUCUGUACUUCCUGGAGCUGACAGAUGUGCUUCAGCCAGCUAAGGUGGGCUUCCGUUGCCAUGACAGGACUCUGAGUAUGCCGUACGUGGAGACGGGGGAUGAACUCAUCCCCCUGCUCAUGCUACUCAGCCUGGCUUUCGCUGGCCCUGCUGCCUCUAUCAUGCUGGGGGAGGCUCUGAUGUACUGCAUGCAGUCCAGGCUGAAGAUCCAUCCCAGCUCUGAGGGCAGCAUCAAUGCAGGAGGCUGCAACUUCAACUCCUUCCUGCGUAGGACUGUGCGUUUCGUUGGUGUUCAUGUGUUUGGGCUGUGUGCCACAGCUUUAGUGACUGAUGUAAUCCAACUAGCCACUGGCUAUCACACUCCCUUCUUCCUGACUGUCUGUAAACCCAACUAUACAGUGCCGGGUGUGUCCUGUGAGAAGAACCCUUACGUCACGCAGGACAUCUGCUCUGGCCGAGACCAGUACGCCAUCCUGUCAGCGAGGAAAACUUUUCCUUCACAGCAUGCCAGUCUCUCUGGCUUUGCAGCUGUCUACAUAUCCAUGUACUUCAAUUCCACCAUCUCCAACAGCACCAAGCUGCUUAAGCCCAUGUUGGUGUUUGCGUUCGCCAUAGCAGCGGGCCUGGCUAGCCUAACCCAGAUCACCCAGUACCGCAGCCAUCCCAUUGACGUCUAUGUGGGUUUUGUGAUUGGAGCAGGCAUCGCCAUAUACCUGGCACUGUUUGCAGUAGGAAACUUCAAGUCCUCUGAGGAGUCAUCUCCAAAGCUAGUUAAACAGUCCCAUCUGCACCAGAAGGAUGCUCUGAGAGCGCUGACACAGCGUGGUCAUGAUUCAGUGUACCAGAAGGCACACGCCUCCGAGAGUAACGAUGAGCUUUCCAUCCCACCCCAUGUGGCAGGCCUGAACCGCAAGGUGCGUAGGGAGAAGGCGUCCAUAGGCAGUCUAAAAAGGGCGAGUGCUGAUGUGGAACUCAUGGCCCCGCGUACUCCCAUGGGUAAAGAAACCAUGGUGACUUUCAGCAACACACUGCCACGCGCCAGCACCAACGCCAUGGAGGAGCCCGCUCAGCGUCACAUGACCUUCCACGUGCCUAUGGAUCCACAGCGUUCCAGACAGCUGGUGUCCGAGUGGAAGCAAAAGUCCAUUGAGAUGCGCAGUCUCAGUUUAAGAGACGAGGAGCAAGAGGACAUCACCGAGGCCAACAUCGGGGCGGAAGGAGGAUCCAAAGAGGAAAUGGGCAUGCCCCCCACCCUCUAUCCGACAGUGCAGGCCAACAGAGGAGCCGCUGCGGCUGGAGCGGGCGCUAGGGUGGUGGUUUCAGCCAGGCCUGGGGCGCCACCAUUAGUCCACAUUCCAGAGGAGGCGUCCAAACCUCCGCCCGUAUCCCCUAAAAGUGCCACAACACGGGCUAAAUGGUUGUCCCUUACAGAGAAGGGCCCAGUGCCAGCCGCCACCCCAGAGCCCCCACGUCUGCCCAACCAGCCGCGUGUCAUGCAGGUCAUAGCCAUGUCCAAGCAGCACGGCUCCGUCAACACAACGCCAAAGUCUUCGGAGACCGCCUCCUCGUCUUGCGCUACGUCAAGCACCGGCUCCGAGUCGCCUUACUACCGCAUUCCCUCCGACCGCGAUAGCACCAGCAUCGUCACCGUGGACGCGCACGCGCCUCAUCACCCCGUCGUGCAUCUCUCAUCUGGAAAUGGGAACACCUGGGAUUGGAGGAGCUCGGCCAACGGGAGCAGCGUGGACGUCCGCGAGGUUCACGAGCACAGCCGAACCCUGCAGAGGCAGGAGAACGUGAGAGAGUACCACCCCGUCAAAGCAGACUCCUUUGGCUCGUCCACCAGCGAGUCUGACCAGGCACCCCUGCCUCCACCCCCGCACCCUGACCUGCUGCUGGACAGCCACAGCCACCAGUCACCCCUCCACCGCAAACCCUCCAUCUCUGCCAAGGAGUGGGACAACACGCAGCCCCACGUGGAGCCCGAUCACUUCUUCAAGAGCUUACAGACAGACCGACGAUUCAAAGAGUAA